AUGCUCAGGAGGAGAGUGAGGAACUGGAGCAUCCCCAGGCUGGGAUUCUCCAUGGCAGCUCCUGCCUGUCCUGGAAGGGAGCGCUCCCAUCCCUGCCGCAUUGCCCCAGCCCGGCCAUACGUGCCCCGUGCGGGCACUCCAGGCUGCCGAUGCCCAGCUGGAUUCAGGCAGCGUGACCCACACCACGCCAUCACCAUGGCCUCCUCGGACGGGCUGCAGUACCGGGCUCUCUACGAGUACCAGAAGGACCGGGAGGAGGACCUGGAGCUGUGCCCCGGGGAUGUGCUGACAGUCAGCAGGGCCGGGCUGCUCAGCGGCCCCGACUACAAGGACGGGGACGAGCGCAGCCCCCAGGGUUGGCUCCAUGGCCUUAACGAGCGCACCAAGGAGCGAGGUGACUUCCCCGGCACCUACGUGGAGUACCUGGGUCCCGCGCGCAUCGUCACCACCGCCAAGGCCAGGCCACGGCCCUUGCCCCCGCCACCCACCGGGACCCCCACACCCUGGGGGCUCCCCGGGCAGGCAGAGCUCACCGAGCACCCCACCCUCCCCGAGCAGGCGCUGCCGACCGUGGCCAGGCUCAUCGAGGCGCUGGAAAAACAAGGUCUCGACAGCGAGGUGCUCUACAGAUCUGCCCCCGGUGCGCUGGGGGAUGCGGAGCUGAAGCAAGCUCUUCUGGCAGACGCCUCAGCCGUGGACAUGGACCUGUAUGACGCUCAGACGCUGGCGGAGGCCCUGAAGUGGUACCUCCAGGAGCUCCCAUCACCCCUGGUCCCCCCAGGCCUCUACAGCGACUUGGUCCACAUGGCUCAAGAGACCCCGGGCCUGGAGGAGUGUGGCCAGCGAGCCAGAGCCCUGCUGGCCCCCCCGGCCCUGCCGCAGCCCCAGGCGCUGCUCCUGCGCCAGCUCGCCCACCACUUCUGCCGCCUCUGCCAGGAUGCCCGCAGGAGCCACCUCUCACCCCGGCUCCUCGGGGAGCUCUUCGGGGAGCUGCUUCUCCGCCCCGCGGCAGCCAGCACCGAGGCGAGUCCUGAACUCCACGCAAGGAUUCUCGAGUCCCUCAUCAUGGCCAGCGAGGCGGCGGAGGUGCCGGCAGCCCCUGCUCUUCCUCCAAAGCCCCCCAAACCAAUGACUCCAGUCAAUACGAAUGGAAUAAAGGACAAUUCCAGUUUCUCUCUGCAGGAAGCGGAGUGGUACUGGGGGGACAUCUCAAGGGAAGAAGUAAACGACAAAUUACGAGACAUGCCAGAUGGAACAUUCCUGGUGCGCGAUGCAUCAACCAAGAUGCAGGGAGACUACACUCUGACAUUACGGAAGGGUGGCAACAAUAAACUGAUAAAGAUCUAUCAUCGGGAUGGAAAAUAUGGCUUUUCUGAUCCACUGACAUUUAAUUCAGUUGUGGAACUGAUUAACCACUACCGCAAUGAGUCUCUAGCUCAGUAUAACCCGAAGCUUGAUGUGAAGUUGAUGUACCCAGUGUCCCGGUACCAGCAGGAUCAGUUGGUGAAAGAAGAUAAUAUAGAUGCAGUAGGUAAAAAGCUUCAAGAAUACCAUGCUCAGUAUCAGGAAAAGAGUAAAGAAUACGACAAAUUGUAUGAAGAAUAUACCAGAACAUCACAGGAAAUUCAGAUGAAGAGGACCGCAAUUGAAGCAUUUAAUGAAACUAUUAAGAUAUUUGAGGAACAGUGCCACUCACAAGAGCGAUACAGCAAAGAAUACAUUGAGCGAUUUCGUAGGGAGGGGAAUGACAAAGAAAUUGAACGGAUAAUGAUGAACUAUGAAAAACUAAAAUCACGCCUGGGUGAGAUCCAUGAUAGUAAAAUGCGCCUGGAACAAGAUUUGAAGAAACAAGCUCUGGACAACAGGGAGACUGAUAAGAAAAUGAAUAGUAUCAAGCCUGACCUAAUUCAGCUCCGCAAAAUCAGAGAUCAGUAUCUUGUAUGGCUCAAUCACAAAGGGGUGAGACAGAAGCGAAUAAAUGACUGGCUGGGGAUCAAAAAUGAAAAUAUUGAUGACACAUACUUUGUGAAUGAAGAAGACGAAAACCUGCCACAUCACGAUGAGAAAACUUGGUUUGUUGGGGAUCUCAACCGUAUCCAAGCGGAAGACUUGCUCUGUGGGAAACCUGAUGGAGCAUUUUUAAUUCGAGAGAGUAGCAAGAAAGGAUGCUAUGCUUGUUCUGUGGUAGCUGAUGGAGAAGUGAAACACUGUGUGAUCUACAGCACUCCAAGAGGUUACGGGUUUGCAGAACCGUAUAACCUUUACAGCACACUUAAGGAUUUGGUUCUUCAUUACCAGCAGACAUCCCUUGUCCAACACAACGAUUCCCUAAAUGUCAGGCUUGCCUAUCCUGUCUACGCACAGAUGCCCCCCUCUCUCUGCAGAUAAAUUUUGGGGAGGAGGAAAGUGUUGGCUAUCUUGGAUUCUUUUCUACAAUUUUUAUUAGAACUUGGAGGGCAUUCUUUCUCCUUAGACUGCUUGUUUUGCACAAGAAGUGAUUCUGUGAAUGUGAAUCAAAAAGAGGCCUAGCAGCAACAAGACGACAACUUGGGUGUAGGUGUCCUGGUGCUACCUUAAAAGCUCAGCUGUGCUUUUACACUGAUACUUUUGUUUCCUUAUGAGGGGAAUAAACUCAACACAAUGCAUACAAAAAUACUGGAAGCAAAACAUUGUUUUAUGGAGGUAAUUUUUUGCCAGGCACCUUCAGUGGAACUUCUAAUUGGAUUUUGUUUUCUCUUGUUCUUGUAGAGACAAUUUGGAGCCUCUGUUUGAGGCAUCAGUAAUGUCUUGCAGUCUUAAACUCCCAAGAAACUGGGGGGAAACUCUACCACAGCAAUUCUUCUCUGUUAAUUUUAGCAGCUUCACUGCGAUUCAGCCGAACUUCCAAAAGAGGGCUUGUCUUGAGGUAGCAUGCAAUUUGGUGAGAGAAGACCAAAGGAAUUAUGGGAAAGCUUCAGGUUUUUAUUUAAAUGGAAAAAUGCUUGUAAAGAAAAGUUGCUUUAUUUUUUUGCCAACAGUAACAAAGUUUUGGUUUCAAUGGCACUACAGGUCUUCACUUAAAGGAAACAUAACCAAAUUGAACAUACCAAAACUUUGUUCGUUGCCAGAUUGAGCACUUAUGGGAAAGGUUGCAUUAGCAUCCGCACAUACUUUCUACACCAAAACUUGAAACAAAUAAAAGGAAAAGCUAAACAUUGUGUGGCUUCAAAACACUAAAUUUGUCUGAUCUGAGGUAAUUGCUCACUCUCCUCUUUCUUCACCCCCCUUUCUCCCAUUCCUCAGCUUGGGAUUCUGUUUUCAGUUUUUAAUGAUACUGUGCUUCAGAAUGUAAACUAGAGUGAAGCUUGCACUCGCCUGUUGCAGUUCUCUUGCUGAGCAGUGACAGAC